UAGUUUGAACAUUUCUCUGUUUACAAUAUAAAAAAACAGUCUUCAUCCUCAAGAAAUUCUCAAAAGCAAAGAAGAAACUCUGAAGAAAUUCAAUCGUUUGCGUGUUUCGAGUUUCUACAAUGGAUACAUCGCAUGUUUCUGGGUCUGGUUUACCAUCUUCUUCUUCGUCAUCCUCUCCGAGCUCUACUACUAUUUGGUCUUCACUUCGGCUCUUCCGGUUCCCCGUUUCCACCUUAUUAGAGCACUCCGGAAUGCUCCGGUCUCGACGCGAAAGCUAUGAAAUCAUAGCGCCGGAAAGGAAUGCUACCGAGACCCCUGAUUUAGGUACUGGGGAGGACGGGGAGCUCAGGAUUAGAAUUAUUGGAAGGGGUGAGCAGGAUCAGGUUGGGAUUGAGGGUGAAGAAGAGGCGGCAAUUGAUGAGGGCGAGGGUGGGGUGGAGGAGGGAGGUUUAGGUGGUGCGGAGGCGGCUACAGUGACGGUGGAUUCCGGUGGAAACGGGGAAAAUGUCAGCGGGAGUUCUAGGGAUUCUACUUACCAGAGAUAUGAUGUACAGCAGGUUGCCAGUUGGAUUGAGCAGGUUCUUCCCUUUUCAUUGCUUCUCCUAGUGGUGUUUAUACGCCAGCAUUUGCAAGGAUUUUUUAUCACGGUUUGGAUCACUGCUUUCAUGUUCAAGUCAAAUGAUAUUCUUAGGAAGCAGACAGCUCUAAAGGGAGAGAGGAAGAUGUAUGUGCUUGUUGGUUAUUUACUGGCCUUCAUGCUUCAUGUUAUUGUAAUCUACUGGUGGUAUCGAAAGGCUGAUCUUUUCUAUCCAUUUUUAAUGCUUCCCCUGAAGGCUAUCCCUCCCUUCUGGCAUGCAGUUUUCAUUGUCCUGGUGAAUGACACUAUGGUGAGGCAGUCCGCAAUGGCUCUGAAGUUGGUGCUUCUAAUGCAUUAUAGGAAUGGAAAGGGUCAUAAUUUCCGGAGACAGGGACAAAUGCUAACUCUAGUUGAAUAUACCUUGUUGCUAUACCGUGCAUUGUUACCCACUCCGGUCUGGUAUAGAUUCUUUCUUAAUAAAGAAUAUGGAAGUCUUUUUUCAUCACUAACCACUGGGUUGUACUUAACGUUCAAGCUUACAACAAUAGUUGAGAAGAUCCAGUCUUGCUUCACUGCUUUGAAGGCACUAUCAAUGAAAGAUGUCCACUAUGGAGUUUAUGCUACAACUGAACAAGUGAAUGCAGCUGGUGAUAUGUGUGCUAUUUGCCAGGAGAAGAUGCAUGCCCCUAUCUUAUUGCUCUGUAACCACAUCUUCUGCGAAGAUUGUGUAUCAGAAUGGUUCGAAAGAGAAAGGACAUGCCCUUUGUGUAGAGCCUUGGUUAGACCCACAGAUCUACAGUCUUUUGGGGAUGGAUCCACCAGCCUUUUCUUCCAGCUCUUCUGAUUGCAUAUCUAUACAUCUGGCUUAUGUACAAAGAAAAUAGCUCUCCAAUUUCUGUGGGUGUUCUAACAUGUCUCUUACUCCCCUGCUAAGGUGGAGGUACCCAUACUUCUCAUAAAUGAAAUGGCAAAAUCUGGUUUCUGAAAUUUGACCUGCUGCUUGAGGUAAAGGCUCAAAUGGAAAAAGAGCUUAAGAUCACUCGUUUGACUAACGAUUUUUUUCUUCUACAAUUUUAAAUUUUCAAUGUAUUGAGGAAUAUGAAAGUGUUGUCACAUAAAAAUUGCAGAACAAUUGUAUAGAUGCACCAAGACAGUGUGUUUCUGCACUAUGACAUAAUAAUAAUCAGGAAAAGGGAACAGUUCUUUUGAGUUGUAACUUGUAAGUUGAUGUUAACAAUUUCACUUGAUAUUACAUACUCCGUAUAUAUUUAAAGAUGAA